CGGCAAAACUCUCAGGGACCCCCGGCCCGGGUGGCGCCCCUCGACCACCUCCCCUGGCCGAGCCCCCUGCUGCCAAGUGCCUGGACGCCGAGGGCUUCGGGGCCCGGCCGGAGCUGACUGUCCCCAGCCCCGCGCCAGGCCACGAUGCUCAUGAGGAAAGUGCCCGGCUUCGUCCCGGCCUCCCCGUGGGGGCUGCGGCUGCCGCAGAAGUUCCUCUUCCUUCUCUUCCUCUCGGGCCUCAUCACCCUGUGCUUUGGGGCCCUCUUCCUGCUGCCCAAGUCCUCUCGCCUCAAGCGCCUCUUCCUGGCCCCUCGGACCCCGCAGCCCGGCCUGGAAGUAAUGGCCGAAGCCGCCAGCCAACCUCUGGCCCACGAGCAGGAGUCGCCUCCCAACCCGGCCCCCGCUGCGCCGGCCCCCGGCGAGGACGACCCCAGCAGCCAAGCCACUACCCGCCGCAGGAAAGGGUGGCUGCGGCGCACCCACCCCACCGGGCCCCGGGAGGAGGCCACGGCGGCCCGGAGCAGCGGCGUCGCGGCCCUCAGACCCCAGGAGAAGAGCAUCCCGUUCAGCUUUGACUUCAGUGCGUUCCGGAGCCGGCUCCGCCACCCGGUCCUGGGGACUAGGGGCGACGAGAGUAAGGAGCCCCAGAACGUAGUUCGAACUCAGCGGGAGAAAGUCAAGGAGAUGAUGCAGUUCGCCUGGCAGAGCUACCGGCGGUAUGCAAUGGGGAAAAACGAGCUCCGGCCCCUCACGAAAGACGGCUACGAGGGCAGCAUGUUCGGAGGCCUCAGCGGAGCAACAGUCAUUGACUCCCUCGACACCCUCUACCUCAUGGAGCUGAAGGAGGAGUUCCAGGAGGCCAAGGCCUGGGUUGAAGAGAGCUUCCAUCUGAACGUGAGCGGAGAAGCAUCCUUGUUUGAGGUGAACAUCCGGUACAUCGGAGGCCUCCUCUCAGCCUUCUACCUGACGGGGGAAGAGGUGUUCCGAAUAAAGGUCAUCAAGCUGGGAGAGAAACUCCUGCCAGCCUUCAACACCCCCACGGGAAUCCCAAAAGGCGUUGUGAACUUCAAAAGCGGCUCCAACAGGAGCUGGGGCUGGGCCAUGGCGGGGAGCAGCAGCAUCCUGGCCGAGUUCGGAUCCCUGCACCUGGAGUUCUUGCACCUCACUGAGCUCUCUGGCAACCCGGUCUUCGCAGAAAAGGUCAAGAACAUCCGGAAGGUCCUCAAGAAGAUCGACAAGCCCUUUGGCCUCUACCCCAACUUCCUCAGCCCAGUGAGCGGAAACUGGAUGCAACACCACGUCUCAGUUGGAGGACUCGGGGACAGUUUUUAUGAAUAUUUGAUCAAAUCCUGGCUGAUGUCGGCCAAGACAGAUAUGGAGGCCAAAGACAUGUACUACGAAGCCUUGGAGGCAAUAGAGACCCACUUGCUGAAUGUCUCUCCCGGGGGGCUGACCUACAUUGCUGAGUGGCGAGGGGGGAUUCUGGACCACAAGAUGGGGCACCUGGCCUGUUUCUCCGGGGGCAUGAUCGCCCUCGGUGCCGAGGAUGCCAAGGAAGAAAAAAGGGCCCACUACCGAGAGCUCGCAGCCCAGAUCACCAAGACGUGCCACGAGUCGUACGCCCGCUCAGAUACCAAACUGGGGCCCGAGGCCUUCUGGUUCAACUCAGGCAGAGAGGCAGUGGCCACACAGCUCAGCGAAAGCUACUACAUCCUGCGGCCGGAGGUGGUGGAGAGCUACAUGUACCUGUGGCGGCAGACCCACGACCCCAUCUACAGGGAGUGGGGCUGGGAGGUGGUGAUGGCCCUAGAGAAAAACUGUCGAACGGAAGCUGGCUUCUCUGGGAUCCACGACGUGUACAGCAGCAUCCCCAACCACGACAACAAGCAGCAGACUUUCUUUCUAGCGGAGACACUGAAGUAUCUCUAUCUUCUGUUCUCUGAAGAUGAUGUGCUCUCCCUGGAAGACUGGGUGUUCAACACGGAGGCCCACCCGCUGCCCGUGAACCACCUGGACAGCUCCAGCAGGGCGGGGGGCUGACGCUGACCCCGCCUCCCUGCCACUGCCAGGCCGCCUGCGCCCGUCCUGGAUUUGGGAUUGUUCCCAAAGGGACUGGGAACGUGGGCCCCAGUCCAGACGGGCCCCGGGCUGAUGUGUCGGACAAGCAACUUCUUUUCCUCUGUGAGGAGACAGGACUUGGAGAUGCAGCGAUGCCACACCAGGCCCAGACAUUCCUUUCUAUGGAGAAUUUCUAUGAAACCCACUCACUUGCCAUUCCAGGGCCGAAUGACCAGAGGUUUCCAUAUCGACCCCAUGUAUUUGAUUCACUACCUUUCGUUUUUCAGGGUUUUUUUGUUUUUGCUUGAUUUUGCCUUUUCUCUACAGUUGUGUUUUAUCACAAAUUAUAAAUAUAGUUUUCCAAAUCGUGUGCUUUCAAAAACAGUGUCAUCCUGAUAGAACUAAACCUUCAAGUGUUUGCACAUGCCCACAAAACCUGGACCUCGUUUUCUAUAUUUUCAAUGCCUCUGCCCAGCCUUUGCUAUGUGUUCAACUCUGUCAUUUAUCUUAUAAUUUGAGGAGGGGCUUUGAUUUGGGCCUCAGUGUUACGAAUCACUAGGGCUAUUUUCAUUAUUGUAAUGGAAAAAUCUGUAAACUUACAAUAAAAGAGUUUAUUGAAUAAGAAAUAUGAUUGGGUUCAUUGCACAUUAGUGACUCCUGGGAAAACACUGCAAUGUUAUCCUCAGAAAGGAUAGUCAACUAGCAGUUGAUUUAAGAUACCAUUUAGUAAAGACUCCAGCUUCUAUUGCCUUCCCUUAAAUUGGUCCUAAUAUAUUCAGUGAGGCCAGUUCUUUCAAUGGAGUUGGAUAGUUAUACUUAGGUCAAGGCUUGGAAGAGGCCCAGAGAGGGGCAGCAACUUGCCUGAGGUCACACAGCCAGUAAAGACAGAGGCAAGCUCAGCCCCUGUGGUUUGUCCACCACCCCAGUCCUGUGUUCAUCUAUUCCAUUAUUCGCAGAUUCUUGGUGAGUGCCUGCAGGGGACCAGACACUGGGCUAGAUGCCAGGGACAUACCUGGGACCACAACUGUCAUAAGCCAUGCCCUCAGGGAGCGUCCAGUCAAGGGGGAGAGACAGACAGUGAACUAAAGUGACAGAUAAGUCACGUGGCUGCAAGUUACAUGAGAUGCUGCAGAGGAGACAGGCGGGCGAGGUCCUGACAGCCAGGACCUAUCUUGGGGACGGCGGAGCGCCUCCCUGAGCAGCUGGCCGUCACGCCAGGACCUGGGAGAGAAGAAGGGGCAGCAGGAAGGGUGUCCCCUGCGUCCACUCUGCACCUCGGCCGCCACCUGCUCCCUGGGAGGAGGCCCAGCACGCAGAGCAGGGAGUUCAGGCGCCUCCUCCCCUCAACCUCACCCCCACCCCUGCAGCUUGUCGCACUGCUGACUGCACAGGACAACGUUGAGCCCUUCCCCACGUUCAGCCGCUCCAUUCUGGCUCUGUUAGCAAACCUGAGUAGCUGCCAGUGUGCUGGGCCCUGGGCCGGUGACCUGGCCUUAAGCCCCGGCUGUGGGACCCUGGGCAGGUCACCUCCCCUCUCUGGACCACUCUCUUCCAUCAAGCAGAGGAAGACCCCACACCUCACAAGGUUGCUGUGAGGUAAGCGGGAGGCUGCUGGUGCCCUGGCACUGUGGGAAGCACUGCUGCCUUGUUCUGGAGACUCAGAUGCUUCCAGCACCUUCUUAAGCAGUGGUCAGAGCUACAGGUGAGCUGUCCCUGCGGCAGGAGCCCUGGCGUUUGGUGAAUGAGUCACUGCCUGAGCCCAGCAAAUCCCUUCACUCUAGACAGGCAUCAAGAAAGUGUGGCUCUGGCAGCCCGCUGGUGCCCGUUUAAAGGAACAGCAGAACAGAAAAACCCACGACACGAACAUCAUAGAAAGGUUAGGAGGAUCUUCAUGACAAGCAGAAAGAAAAAUCACUGGCCAUCUUACUUUCUAGAAUAAAUACUGUUAUAUUUUCUUCUAGAUCUUUUUCUAUGAAUGUACAGAAUCUAUUUUGCAAACAUGGUAUACUGUGCAUACUGUUUUAUUAUAAUCUGCUUUUGCUCUUGACUAUAUUCUGUAAACAUCUUUCCAUGUCAGCAAAUAUACAUU